UUUAAUAAAGUUGUGUGGCCCAGCUCAGUAUGUUGGGAUAACACACUGCUGGAGGCUGCUCGGGAACUUCAGGAAUGGCGCAAGACAUGCAACUCCAUCCAGGCAAAAUACUGAUGCAAACACCAUCCACACACGCCCAGUGCCUUUAGUAAAUGCUCGUUUGUCCCGUGGAUCAUCGCCAAAGUGGGUAGUUGUAUAAAGACAGCAUGAUUUGUGAGGGUAUUCAACAACUCGUCGCCAAAGUUUUUUGCCGCUAACCUGCUCGCCUCUCCAUAUUUUAUUUGCCAAUAUCAUGUCAUCUUUGAUGCUAUAAAGUUUGAUGCAGAAAACCAGUUUGCAGCCUGGCUGGAGAUAACGUUACACACACACACACACACACACACCUGCUACUGCUGCUGGAGUUUGUUUAGGGACACAUCUGGAUUAAUCUUCCCCUUUCUGGAUUGAAAAAUGAAAGUGACAGUGACUUUUGGAAGGACCGGUGUUGUUGUCCCAUGCAAAGAAGGAUGGACAGUCCGGGAUCUCAUCCAGCAAGCCACCCAGAGAUACAGAAAACUACUAGAGCAGGAGGGAUAUUUCCUGGUACGAACCCACCAUGUUGAGUACUGUGAUGGGGGAAUUCUGGACCCUGAUGAUGUGCUAACAGACCUGGUGGAGGACAAGGACAAGCUGAUCGCUGUAUACGAGGAACAGGAGGCCCAGAAGAGGGGCGCCAUGAGUCCCGGGAAUGGAACGGAGACAAGAAGCAGCCUAAACGGACAGUCCAGCCCAGAACCCUAUGACUCUGAACUCGCCUGCUUCCAGCCAAUCAAAGGAGGAGAGAUCGAAGUCAACUCAUCUGCUCUCAAAUCCAGUACCCCUCUGCUGGUACGAAGCAGUAGCGAUUCUGCGCUUGGUCCUCCUCAGAUGGAAGAUGUGAAUGGCAGAGCCAUGGUAAAACUGCACUGACACACAUGCUCUUAUAUCUCAAUGCUCUUUGAGAGUGCUGACCUCAUGUCAUCACAUAAUA